CUCGCAGGGUUCUAUCUCUCGCGGGCUGGGGGCAGAAGAUAGAAGAAUCGAAUUUCGCGCGCCGCAAAAACCAUGGCAACGAGAUUCAUCGAUGACGUCAGGUAUAUACACGUGGGGGGUCCGAUCCUGACCUCCUCUUCUUCUGCCGUCCUUCCAGUCGCUUUUGACAGUUAUGGCGGAGAAAAAGCGACUCAACCAUUUCCUGAACGACAUGCUCAAGCUGAGCUGUGUGAAGGGAUUCCAACACUUUGCCACUCACAUGAGAGGCAGGGAAGAGAUGAUCUGCAGCAUUGUGAAUGAGCCAUCGAUGCCCAUUAUCCAGUCGGCAACCAACUCACCUGCUGCGUCAUUUGGCCACCACCAGAAGAGAGAGGCCUUCCCUAUGAGUCAGAAACAACAGCGAAGGUUAAGUGGCUAUGGGUUCAUCAAUGUCGGUCUACCUCCUGCCAGCCCCAGCGAAAAUGAGGACGUGGACGAGAGCCAAACCAUGUUUCUGAUUGCCGGAUACUCUCGAUACAACAGACCCUACGUAUGGGUUCGGACCAACCACGAAAGGCUGGUGAGGCUAGCUAGUGAGGAGGAGAAAGACUAUCCUCUGAUGCUACAGACCACCUCUCAGUGGACAGAAAAAGAGGUGAAGGUAUGGGACGUGCUAACAGAGCUGGUUGAAGUCUGUGCAGCCCCAUGCCCACCCAACCCGUUUGCCGUGGAUCUGGACUACUUCCAGUCUCUACCUCUGCAGGAAAGAGCUCUGGCCUCUGCUGCUAUGAUCUCAUUCCUACAGAGAGUUAUUGCCAGCGGCCAUCACUCCUACAAUCGCAGGAUUGUGUCUGACAUUGGUAAGGUGGGGCAGAUCCAUUUCGCCACCAUGCAGAGGAUGAUUCAAGAUGACAUCAUCAAACUCCCCUCUUCCACGCCCGCAGUCACACGACACACUGUGGGACAGAAGAACCCUGCAACUGUUCCUCGUUCAGCCAUGACUACGGAUGGUGUUAGUCCAGUUCCCAUGUCCGGAACCAAAGUUGUAUCUACAGCACCUUUCUCCGUCCCUCCACCCCAAUCUAGCUACCCCGUACCCCGGGGUAUUUCGGCAGGACAAACAAGACCCAUGUUUACUCCAACGCAGUAUACACCUGGUACUGGUUCUACUCCAGCGCAGUAUGGAGGCAGAGUAAGCUCUACUCCAGCGCAGUAUGUAGGGGGAGUAACUUCUACUCCAACACCACUUCAACCCCAGCGGAGUAUACCCCAACAGAGUCAUGAACAUCAAACUUCUACUGCCCAAAGUGGAGGCCAAUUUUACUCCCGUAGAAUGGGUGGCUCCUACAAUUAUUAGUUAUGUACAAUUAUGAUGUUCUCCAUAAGCAUGAUCUCAGUGAACUGUGUUCUGUCAAAAAAUUUUGGUCUGUCUAAGAAAAAUUUGUUCCGUGGAAUACAAUCAGCUGCUGAAUUUUGUAGCUCUAUUGUGGGGCUCGUUGAAGUUGAUAUCAGGUCCUAUUGCGACGAUUCCAUGAGGAUUCCGAUCAGGAGACUUUCCCUGUGGCAAAUUAAACAUUCUUUUAAUGCAGUCGUAACGUUGGUUGAGUUGAUGCAGAUAACUUAAAUGUUUGUGGGUGUGAUUGAUCGCUACGUAAUUAUGUCAAGGAAGAAAUAUAUGUGCAAAUUUCGUUUGCUCGCUAACCUGGUAGCCGUUCUCUAUGUGUGUGAAGUUGGUG